ACAGGUCACUCCGCUGUGUGUCUGAAGCCGUUGCUGGGCUCUUACCGCCGGGUUUUAGCUUUAAUAUUAUAACCUCACCAUAGUUCAUCUAUGCGCUAAAGGGAGCAACCCUGCAAUGGAUUAAAGCGACAACAUGGUCUGACUUGAGCGUCAAAGUGAAUGGAAGAUACCGUCUGUUGGAAGUUUUAACCCAAGUAGGGUCCAGAGACGAGGCGGCCAACAUGUGCAACUGAAGACGUCUUGUUGAUCACAUGGGCUACUGACCUGUGCUGACCCGAUGGUUUAAUCAGCAGGACUAAAAAUGAGCAUCAGCAGCGAUGAGGUCAACUUCCUGGUUUACAGAUACCUACAAGAGUCAGGCUUCUCCCACUCAGCAUUCACCUUUGGCAUAGAGAGCCACAUCAGCCAGUCGAACAUCAAUGGAGCCCUGGUGCCCCCUGCUGCCCUCAUCUCCAUCAUCCAGAAGGGCCUGCAGUAUGUGGAGGCCGAAGUCAGCAUCAAUGAGGACGGGACCCUGUUUGAUGGACGGCCUAUCGAGUCACUGUCUCUGAUUGACGCCGUCAUGCCAGAUGUGGUCCAGACCCGGCAGCAGGCCUACAGAGACAAACUGGCUCAGCAGGCGGCGGCGGCGGGCAGCAGCAGCAGCAGCACGGGGCUACAGGGAGGUUCCAAGAACGGGGACGGAGGACCUGCUAAUGGAGAGGAAAACGGAUCACACGCCUUAGCCAAUAACCACUCAGAGAUGAUGGAGGUGGACCGGGAUGUGGAGAUCCCCCAGAGCAAAGCCAUGGUCCUGCGAGGCCACGAGUCGGAGGUUUUUAUCUGUGCCUGGAACCCGGUGAACGACCUGCUUGCUUCCGGGUCAGGAGACUCGACGGCGCGGAUCUGGAACCUGAGUGAGAACAGCACGGGGGGGUCCACCCAGCUGGUUCUGAGGCACUGCAUACGGGAGGGCGGCCAGGACGUCCCCAGCAACAAGGACGUUACCUCCCUGGACUGGAAUAGUGAGGGCACAUUACUGGCCACCGGCUCAUACGACGGCUUCGCCCGGAUAUGGACGAAAGAUGGAAACCUGGCCAGUACUUUGGGUCAGCACAAAGGGCCCAUAUUUGCACUCAAGUGGAACAAAAAAGGCAACUUCAUCCUCAGCGCCGGAGUAGAUAAGACAACAAUUAUCUGGGACGCACACACAGGGGAAGCAAAGCAGCAGUUUCCUUUCCACUCAGCACCAGCUCUGGACGUGGACUGGCAGAACAACAACACGUUCGCCUCCUGCAGCACAGACAUGUGCAUCCACGUGUGUAAGCUGGGUCAGGACAGACCUGUCAAGACUUUCCAGGGACACUCGAAUGAAGUGAAUGCCAUAAAGUGGGAUCCCACGGGCAGCUUGCUGGCCUCCUGCUCAGACGACAUGACGCUCAAGAUCUGGAGCAUGAAGCAGGAUUCGUGUGUCCAUGACCUCCAGGCCCAUAGUAAAGAAAUCUACACCAUCAAAUGGAGCCCCACGGGCCCUGGGACCAACAAUCCCAGUGCAAACCUCAUGCUGGCCAGCGCGUCGUUCGACUCAACUGUGCGCCUGUGGGACGUGGAGCGUGGGGUGUGUAUUCACACACUGACCCGCCACCAGGAGCCCGUCUACAGCGUAGCCUUCAGUCCUGACGGCAAGCACCUGGCCAGCGGCUCCUUCGACAAGUGUGUCCACAUCUGGAAUACUCAGACGGGUGCUUUAGUUCACAGCUACCGGGGGACCGGUGGGAUCUUUGAGGUGUGCUGGAACGCCACAGGGGACAGAGUAGGAGCGAGCGCGUCAGACGGAUCGGUUUGUGUACUAGAGCUGAGGAAAUGACAUUUGUGUGUGUUGUAGCUGUGGACCGACUACGAAUGUGUACAUAGCCAAAAAGACUGUCCCUGCCUGUCCGCCACACUGCUGUCUGUCCCAUCAGGGUCGGCUUCUUCGUGGACGUCCCACAGUUCAUCACGCCUGCGCCGUACAGACGUAGGAAGAGCCUCCUCAACGUCACUAGGACCCCCAGUGGGUGAAACAAAACUCCGGCAUCCUUCCAUCUUCUCAUGUCCGUAUUUGCUAAAUCAGAAGUGUACACAUUUUUGAUUUUCAAAAGAGAUCAAAAAUGAUCUCUUUUGAAAGAGAUAAAAAAUGAUCAACAAAACAGAUGUAAUUGUUGGUGUAAUAUAACACAUACCCAUCAGAAUCUGGCAGCCCACGCAGAGCUAAAUUUGGACCUCACUGGGUUUAUCUUGUGACGUGAGAAGCUUAUUUUUUUUCAUUCACAGAUCCACUCAUUUCCUGUUGGUGACAUAUGCCAACUCCUUCUUUUAAUCCAAGGGAUGUUUUUAAGUUGUCGCUGGUUUUAAAAGUGAGCAGAGCCUUGCAAAAGUAUUCACAUCUCUUCAAUUUUUAAGUCGGAACCACAAACUCUCUUUCUAUUUUAUUGGGACUUUGUGUGAUAGUCCUACACAAAUAAACAAAUAGUGAAAAAUAUGGAAAACUGGACUAGUUAUCAUUGCAAACCAGUGUUAGCUUAGCCAAGUUGAAUAAAUAAUACCAAUGAUCAAGUCUUUUCUCAGAUUCCAAAAUGGAUUUUGGUCUGGGAUUUGACUGGUGGAGUUGAACCUCCACCCCAAUAUCAAGUCUUUUUCACCAAGGUGUGUAGCUCCAUUCGUCCUCUGACCACCUUCUCUGCUUCUACAGAAAAAAAAAUAUAAAUGCAUUGCCAUCCCAUGAUGCUGCCACUACAAAUUUUAACUAUGGGGAUAGGAAAGUGAGCCUGAUCUGUUCCACAUAGGUCAAUCAGUUGGUUGUUAUCCUGCCAAUACUGGUUAUUUUAAAGGCAGUUUUUAUCAGAGUAAAUGAGGCUGAAUACAAAUACACACAGCAAAUUUCCCCCCCCCAUUUUUCUUCCACUGCGCAAUUAAACUGCACUUUAUGUUGGCCCAUCACAUAAAACCCAAUCACUUACAUGAUUUUACCAUGACAGAAUGUUAAACAGCUUCAAGAGUUAUGACUGCUUUUGCAAGUUACAGUAUUUGGUAACCAUCCUAGCUGUUUAAGGGGGGAACCGAUUGUUGUUUUCUGGCCGAUCACCGAUAUUUAACAAGUUUGACCUGCUGAUUCCGAUUUUGGCCGAUACCGAUCGAUUUGUAUUUGUUCCCAAAAAAAAUCGGUAAAUAUAGCGACAAAGCUGCUAAGUUGGAGGUAGAUGAAAUCAGUCUCAUUAGCCAACGCAAAUUUAAGGAAGUCGGGCUCGUAAACUGACUAUUCAAAACAUCUAAGAGUUCAUCUGAGCCAUGCAUCUGUGUCAGAUGUGAGAUAAAGUGAUAAACCCGUGAGACACAUGAAUUUCGCUGACACAACCGUCUGGUAGCUGUAGCUGUGCUUCAUUUCUCUCCUGGUGAAACCCAGACGGUGUUGUAACAGUCAUUCUUUCCCUCACUUUCUUCUAAAACCUCCGUACCCGGUCGUCCCGACCUACGCACCACACUGCAGUCAACAAUCGUUUCCCCGUAUUAUCACAAACACACAGGUGACAGACGCCGAUUUGCUUGCGGUGUUUAGGUUUUGCUUUUGAAGACAAGUCGGCUGUCGAUGAAGCGAACAUGCAGACGUAGGCUGCUUCGUUGAAUCUUAUAAGAUACCAUUGCGCCGUCAUAGCUGCGACCAAAGCAGUAGGCAUUUGAAGUUGUUUUGCACUUUAGCCUAAAAUGAGGGAAGAUUCAAUCCAUCACAAACUUAUCUUUAGAAGCAGGUUUAUCGGUCAUCUUCAAUUCACAUCAAUCAAAAAGGACCCGUCAGCCGACCUGUUACAUAUCCGCCACAAAAAAUGCUCGUACCUUUAUUUGCUUUGAUGAAGCCAGCAGUGUCUGAACUGGAUCCCUCUGACAAUGAAAUGGUAUUUUAUCCCCGUUUGGUUUUGGGUGGGCAGGAACAGUACUAACACCGAUCCCAUGUUUGCUAUGUCGGGAAGCCCUCGAAGGUUUUGUACUUUUGUAAUUUUGAUUUGUUUGUAGCCACGUACUCAAAACGACAAAAAGAAAAACAAACAAACAAAAAAAACAAAAAAAAAACAGAUGUAAUUGUUGGUGUAAUAUAACACAGAACAUGUAAAUACCAAUUUUCUGAAUUUUUUUUUUUGGGGUGUCUUUCCACAGACCUAUGUUGUACUUUGUCACGGUUGCAGCCUGCAGCCUCCUGAUCAGACUGUUGGUAUAUCACUCAGAUCUUAAGGUCUAGAAUAAAAUCUAUUUUGAUAAUA